AUGGCUGCAGAACCACACGCCGAAAAGCUGCAGCACGAUACGGACUCAUGCACGGACAUGACUACGAAGGAGGGAAUAGACGUUGUAGAUGGUCCACUCCUUCCGUAUUUGGGUAAGCGUAGAUUCACCACCAAUGCACGUGAAAGACUACGGACUCGCCCGCCCGUCCGUGCACUUCUAAUCACUUGUUGGCCUCUGGACCUCGACUUCGACCUCGAUCCUAACAUCUACAUCUUUACAUCCCCCUCGACCUCGACCUCGAACUCGACAUUCAUCUCCACCACCCUGUCUAGUCUCCGGGACUCCUUGCGCACCAGCACUAUGGCCGCCAGCAUCAAAGCUAUGACCAACAACCAAGUCAUGGGACACAUCGAGACCCGUGUCGCGCAGAUCCAGCAGAUGAUCGCCCAAAGAUCCGGCCAGCCAAACACGGAGACCUUGGCGGUGCAGAAGCAGAUGGACGACGUGAAGAAGAACAUGGAGACGGCCAAGGAAGCUGCCACUCGCGCCGGUGCCUUCACUGGUGGACAGUCGAAGCCUGACGGACAGUCUGAUGAUGAGCUUUCGCAGAUCGCCGACAAGGAGAUGGCCAAAGUUCUCGCUAGCGCUCAGCUGCUCGGAGAGAAGUUCGCCCGCGCAGGCUUCCUUGUGAAGAAGUAG